ACUUCAUUUUGUCGACUCGUGACUUGUGAUAAUAAUUUUAAUUUAGUUCUUUUAGAGAUCUCGAUGUGAAAAGUUCCUAGAACUUUGAGGGAUCUCUUAAAAUAUUUUAUAGCUGUGCAUUAAUCUUUUUUAAAUUAGAAAUGACGACUGAAAGUAGCGACCUUGCGUCAUUAAUUGACGAAAGUCCAAGUUCAAGAUUAUCUGUCGAGGAUUUAAGUAAUUCAUUGAAAACAUUUGGAAAAUUAGAUUAUGCUGUGUUUGUGGCAAUGUUAUUAUGCUGCUCGUGUGUCGGAAUGUACUUUGGAUAUCAGGAUCACAUGAAGCAUAAACGUCGUGCAAAAAAUCGUCGUGGUUCAUUAAUAGAUGUCGAAGAAAUCGAUUACUUGAUGGGUGGAAGAAACAUGAAAGUAUUUCCAGUCGCAAUGUCACUUGUAGCUUCAUUUAUUUCUGGAAUUACGUUACUUGGAACAAGCACAGAAAUAUAUUUAUAUGGAACGCAAUAUUGCUACAUCUCACUCGCUAUCAUAAUAUCGUCCACGAUUAUGCACUUUACAAUCAUUCCAAUAUUUCAUGAACUUCAAAUUACUUCCACUUACGAGUAUCUUCAAUUACGUUUUGAUAGACGAGUGCGUCUUUUUGGAUCGCUUAUGUACUCGCUGGCUACAAUACUAUGGCUUCCGAUUGUAAUUUAUGUACCAGCGCUUGCAUUUAACCAGACUACCGGAAUAAAUAUUCACAUAAUUACACCAAUCGUUAUGUCAAUAUGUAUUUUCUAUACGUGCCUGGGUGGCAUUAAAGCUGUCGUGUGGACAGAUGUUAUUCAGAUGAUGCUGAUGUAUGGAACGUUGUUCUUAAUAGUCAUCAAAGGCACAAUGAAUGUAGGCGGUCUAUCGGUAAUCAUCGAGAGGAAUAUGGAAAGUGGUAGAUUUGAGGCGCCAGAUUUUCGUAUAGAUCCAACAAUACGUCAUUCGUUUUGGUCAAUUGUUGUAGGCGGUACUGUUUACUGGAUUAAUGUUAAUGGCUUAAAUCAGAACAUGAUUCAAAGAUACAUGUCUUUAAAAGACGUUAAAACAGCUCGAAAAGGGCAGAUGCUGUACGUUAUUGGUGUCACCUUUAUGAUAUUCUUAUGCUGCUUUAAUGGACUUCUUCUGUACGCUACAUAUUAUGACUGCGAUCCACUUCAGACGAAACUUGCAAAAGCUAAGGAUCAACUUAUGCCAUUGCUUGUAAUGGAGAUAUUAAGAGACAUUCCCGGACUUCCAGGAUUAUUUAUUGCCGGUGUCUUCUCUGCAGCUCUUAGUUCAUUGUCAACAGGUUUAAAUUCCAUGUCUUGUGUUAUACUUGAAGACUUUUGUAAGCCAUUCUUAAAGCGAGAAUUGUCCGACGAGAUGACAUCAUUAAUUAUGAGAGGAACUGUUCUUAUCUUGGGUGUAAUGUCAGUUGGAUUAGUUUAUAUUGUGCAGCAUAUGGGCUCGGUGUUGCAACUCUCAAUGAGUAUUCCGACAGCUUGUUUUGGUCCUAUGCUUGGGGUGUACGUAAUUGGCUUCACGCUUCCAUGGAUUGGCAGGAAAGCGACAUUACUUGGAGCUAUAAUUGCCUCAACAUCAAUGCUAAUUCUUGUCAUCAAGGCACAGGCAGAGAUUGCACUUGGAAAUAUUAAAUUCCAAACAAAACCACUCUCGGUUGAUGGAUGUACAUACAACUUUACGAUAGAUGCGAACUACUCGAAUGUCACCGACAUUCCAUACUCUUAUGAGAAUAAGGAAAAGCACAUUUAUGAAAUUUCUUAUCUUUAUUACUCUUCACUUGGAUCAUUGAUUGUGAUUGUUUCAGCAUUCCUUUUAAGUUUUAUAUUUGGUUUUCAAGAUCCAAGUCAAGUUGAUCAAAGACUGCUAGUACCAUUCUUGAGAAAGUAUUUCAGUUCCAGUAGCAAGACACAAUACAAGGAAGCGAAUGGCAAGGAAGCAAUCAUCCAUAAUUUUGAGAUGAAAGAGACUAAUAAAAAUGUUACAUAAUGAAAUUGUUUUCGA